AUGACUCGACGACACGGACACAAAUACUCAAGUUCGGGAGCGGAUACUACUGCCGAAGAAUCCCUCUCCAAAUUCAUCGGAAAGAAACGCAAGGCCAGUCGCAAUCAUCAGGAGCCAGCAUUUCCUUCGCCUUCUCCGAGUGAUCAUGAAGAUUUUGAGUUCUUCGGUUCAGAGGUCCCUACUUCAUGUUCGGACGGCGAUGAAUCAGGGGAAGAUUCACGCUCGCCUGUCAGGUCAGCAAAAAGCUCUUCGCAAAAGCACCGCAGAAUAUCUAAGGACAAGUCCAAGAGAUUUGGUUCUGACAAGCGUCGCUCUUCGGCCAGAGGAACGUCUGUAUCACUCAGGACUCAUAUCAAGACCUACGCUAUCUGGACCUUUGAGACACUGAGACCUCUCAACUUCUUCGGCCUCUCGGGCUGGGCUUUGUUGCUUGCUUCACUCUCGCUCCUGUCUCUUAUGGUCUGGAUUUUUCCCUUGGUCCAAUCGUGCUGGGCAAUCAUCACUUGGGUUUUCGGAGUACUGAGCUGGGUGCUAAGGAUUCCAAAGACACUGAUCACCAGCAUAUGCGGCAUUCCAGGUGUAUCCUUCAUAGCGGCCUGUACUUCAUACUCAAAUCGUCCAGUCAGGCAGAGUCACGCAUUCUAUCUCUGUCAGCUUCCGGGUGCCUCCUUGGUCAUGAAUUGCAACACGCUUUACCCAACUCCGGCAUCGGUUACUCAUGUUGGAAGAAAUCUUGAUCAUCCCUCUGAUGGUAUCAAGGAGCUUACCAAAAACCCUGAAGAGUUCUUCGAAGCAUCAAAGCUUCUCGCCGAAUUCAGAAGAGAUCUAGCUCCUCUUGCAAUCGGAUUACCCUACGGUACUAUCCAGCUUCUUAUUAAAGAGGUCAACCAGGUCAUCGUUGCACUUCAAAGAUAUGAUGCCGAUCAUGACUCGCUGUUACGUUCUGUACACAGAACUAUAACUGCGCUGGUUACCAGCUAUGCCGAGCUACCGAAGAGGCGAUGGUACAGUUCGUGUCUCGAUUUAAUUCGUGACUCGCCUCGCGUCAUGUUUCAACGCAGUGUUGCCUUUGCUUUCCAAGAGUGGACUAUCAGUCUUAGUGAUCUGCAAAGAAAACUGGGGAUCUUGAUCAAUGCUUGUGAGGACAUGCGCGAGCAGAUACAGGUUCUCAAUGUCGAAGCAAACAGCGGUCUACGCUCAGAAACCGAACAGCAAGGAUUUUGGAUGCACCAGUCCAAUAUCCCGUUGACCUCUAAACAAUCUGCUUCUGCAAAUCUGAUCCGAAAGCACGAGAAAAUACUCGAAGUGAUUGAGAAAGCAAGUCCGCUACUGGUAGCCACCAACAGCAAUGUCGAGUCUGCGCUUACGGCGAUUAGAUCAGCCCAUGAUAAAGCCACUGUUGACCUACUGGUUCUCUUCAGCCCUCUAAGGGCGACAUCGGUUGACGUCACACUAGGACUAGUCCUUGAGGAUUUGAAGAUUACCAUGAACAACGCCCGAUUUGCUGGAAUCCACAGGGCUGAUAUACGCGCCAGUAUCGAAGGCGGAUCAUGA